GUAAUACUAAUCGUAGGUGUAUAACCUUCUAUAAAACCCUGAUACAACUGAAUCCGGACGUUGACGCGUUUGAAGCGAUAAUCAGGCCAACAUUUGGGAUGGCAACAAUUUCGAAUGCCUUUCUAGAACAUAUGUAUGUAAUGGAAAGCAUAAUGACUCUGGCACUGGCGAUCUCAGUCAGCAGCUUUACAAUUUACUGUGUUUAUCGUCGAAUGGUAGGAUCAAGUACUAACCUCCCUGGACCAAGGGCGUGGCCAAUAUUGGGAAAUCUUCUAAUGAUUAGUAGAGCCAAAGACUUUUAUCAACUAUCAAAGGAGUUAAAAAAGAAGUAUGGCAACGUUUAUAGACUGCAGUUUGGACAGCUGACCGUCGUUUUCAUUUCUGGACACAAAAAUAUAUCAAAAUUUUGGAUUGAAGAUGGCGAUAUUUCUACGGACAGACCAGACUGGAUGUUUUGUCCAAGAGUAAUCACCAAACAAAAAGGAAUUAUAUUUGCGAAUGGACAUCAGUAUAUUGAACUAAAUAAACUCAUUAUGCAAGCACAACACGGGGAAUUUUUCCAAAAGAACAUGGAACUUCAGCUCACACAAGAAAUCAACGAACUGUGUAAGUGCUUCAGUCCAGACAAUGCAGUAGAUCCACUUGACCAUUUUAGAACCAGCGUACUGAAUGUUGGCUCCAUACUUACAUUUGGAAAGAGAUUUCAAUAUAGUGACGCAGAGUUCAAAACACUACACGCUAGGAUCCUUUACGUGUUUAAACAUGGUCAAAGUCUUGGAAGGAAAGAAACUUUCUUCAGUUGGCUAGCUUUUUUUACAAAGUCUCAGGUCAGAAAAGUCAUUGCAGAAUUUGACAUAUUACACGAAUAUAUAAGACAACAAUUGAACGAUCACAAAAUUGAACAUGAUCCAAAGUCUCCAAAGGAUUUACUAGAUUUCUAUCUAAACCUAUCAGAAGAAACAAGAAAAGACAGUGCUUUAUCAGAAACUAAUAUGUUCCAGGCUAUCAUUGAUAUGUUUACUGGUUCAUACGACUCAUUGACAGCCUCAUUGAUGAUAAUUGUGUUUUAUUUAUUGAAAUACCCGGACGUACAAAGAAAAUGCAGAGAAGAAAUCCACAGGGUAUGCAAAGGAAAGAGUACAGUGACGUUAGAAGAUAGAGAUAAACUACAAUAUAACGAAUCAACUAUUAGAGAAGUACUACGUAUAGCAAAACCCCUUGUACUCUCUAUAUACAGAACUAACAAACGGGAUAUGGAAGUCGACGGAUAUACAAUCCCAGCCAAGUCUGUUCUCCUGUAUGAUUUAAAUGAUCCACAGGUCGAUCCUACACUAUGGGAAAAUCCUCACGAAUUCGAUCCUGAUAGAUGGACAAAACCACAGACAAAUGGCUACCUUCCUUUUGGUAUUGGUGAACGUAAAUGUCCAGGAAGCGUUACAGCAGAAAUGUCUUUGGUCUUGAUUAUGACAAAUAUACUACGGAAGUUUGAGUUAAUCCCAGAAGAUGUCAACAACUUACCUAUGGAAAGAAAAUGGACGGGAAUUGUACUUCUUCCUCAACCCUUCAAAAUGUUUAUGAAACCUGUGGAAUAUUGACAGAUUUAGGAUAGUGUAAUGUUAAAAUAUGAUUCCUGUUGCAACACAUGCAAAAUGUAUGAUUACAUAAUAAUAUGUAUUUAGUUAAUAAGUGUAUUCUUACGUAACAAAUACACACAUAUACACACAUUGGCUCUGUAUUUGUUAUUUAGUUUGUGUUUUAUACCAUGCCUUUUUUCUGGUCAUAUACUAUGUUUUGUUUGUUUUAAUCACAAAUCAUAUAAAUUAAUUUAUAUAACAAUAAAGUUUGAAUUGAA